GGUGACAGCGGGCCCGGGACGGGUAGACGUAUCUGCCCGCCGCGCCGAGGGACCGCCAGGCGGCGGAGAGCAGGUCAGGGACCGGGCGAGGCCGGGCGGAGAGCCGGGGUCGCUGUCCGGGGACGGCGGGCGGAAGGGACCCGCGCCCCGAGGGACGCGCCGGACGCCCCGGCCUGCGCAGCCCCUGCCCCGACGCGGCCGCUGCCCGGGCCGGGAGCCCCCGAGGGGCAGCAGGGCUCCGGGCCCUCGUCGGAGUCCUCCGGUCCAGAUUAUAAAAGAUGGAGGCCGGCUCAGUGGUUCGAGCCAUCUUUGACUUCUGCCCUAGCGUAUCGGAAGAACUGCCGCUCUUUGUGGGAGAUAUUAUUGAGGUGUUGGCAGUGGUGGAUGAAUUUUGGCUUCUAGGAAAGAAAGAGGAUGUGACGGGACAGUUCCCCAGCAGUUUUGUGGAAGUUGUUACCAUUCCUAGUCUGAAAGAGGGUGAGAGACUGUUUGUCUGUAUCUGUGAAUUUACAUCCCUAGAAUUGAACAGCCUUCCCCUCCAUCGAGGUGACCUAGUGAUUCUCGAUGGCACUCCCACUGCUGGCUGGCUGCAGGGCCGAAGCUGCUGGGGUGCCCGGGGCUUCUUCCCAUCCUCGUGUGUUAAGGAGCUCUGCCUGUCCUCACAGAGUCGGCAGUGGCACUCACAGAGUGCCCUUCUCCAGAUUCCCGAAUAUUCAAUGGGACAAGCCCGGGCGCUGAUGGGGCUUUCUGCCCAGCUGGACGAGGAGCUGGACUUCAGAGAAGGAGAUGUGAUUACCAUUAUUGGAGUUCCUGAACCAGGCUGGUUUGAAGGGGAGUUAGAGGGUCGAAGAGGCAUUUUUCCAGAAGGUUUUGUAGAGCUUUUGGGGCCCCUGAGGACUGUGGAUGAGUCAGUAAGUUCUGGAAAUUGCAAUGACUGCAUUGCUAACGGUGAAAUAGAUACCAGUACAGGAGAAGACAGAGAGCCAGAAGAGGAUGGCGAGCAGCCAGGCACCUAUGGAAUUGCCAUCUACAGAUUCCAAGCCCUGGAGCCAAAUGAGUUGGAUUUUGAAGUAGGUGAUAAAAUCCGAAUCCUGGGGACCCUGGAAGAUGGCUGGCUAGAAGGAUCACUGAAGGGCAAGACAGGCAUCUUUCCUUACCGGUUUGUAAAGUUAUGUCCUCAGACAAGGGUGGAGGAAACUGUGGAUCUGCCGCAGGAAAGCAACCUCACCAAUAUCCCUGACACGUCUUUGGAUUAUUUAGAGAACUCCAUAGAAGCGGAAGGAAAAGGACAUGAAUCUUAUGAGUAUAAAGCAGAAAAGUCCAACUGUGUUAUUUCUGAAACAUCCACUUCCCCCCUGGAGCAUCUGACUCCUGAGUAUGAAGAAAACAAAAACUCUCACUGGGACACAGGCAUCUCAAGAGGGCCCCCCAAAAGCCCAGGUACAGGGCAUGAACAGCUUCUUGCCAGUUACUCUUCCAUGAUGGAUCCUUCAGAGGUGGUCAAUGGUGUUGCGUCCCACCCUCCAGUACCUUUUCAUCCUGAAUUGCAGAAAAGCCAGUAUUACUCUAUGGGAGGAGGAAGCCACCCAAGCCCAGGCCAGUAUUCUGACACUCCUCCUCUAGAAGCAAGGACUAGAGACUACUGCAGCCUACCUCCCAGAAGAACAUACUCCCAGCCGAAAACCCUUCAGAAGUCAGUGCCACCUCUUCAUAGCACCUCUUCCCUUUCAGCCUCCAGGGUAGUCAGACCCAGCCAGUUGAGCCCUCAGCUCCAGGGCGUGGCAAGGUGUGUGAAAAAGCACCGCACACCCAAAGAAAAUGCUUCCAGCUUUUGCUCUGCAUCAGAGAGAUCAGAGAUGAAGCCUGGUCUGCAAGACAAGGCACCCGCCGUGGAACCAAUGGAACUUUCAGAAGGAGAUGGCAACACAGACCUGGAUUCUAAGUUGACACAACAACUGAUAGAGUUUGAGAAGAGCCUGUCAGGGCCCUUCACAGAACCAGAUAAAAUUUUGCACCACUUUUCAAUCAUGGACUUUAACUCUGAAAAAGAUAUUUUCCGAGGUCCCUCAAAGCUAAUCACCCAGCAGGAGCUGCCCGAGAGGAGAAAGGCUCUAAGGCCGCCACCGCCUCGUCCCUGUACUCCAGCAUCCACUCCUCCCCAUUUGCCAGUGGACCAGAACCUGAGACCAGAACCACCCUUGGCAAUGCGACCCUCUCGCCCAGCUCCCCUGCCUCCCUCAGCCCAGCAGAGAACGAAUGCAGUACCCCCCAAGCUCCUAACCUGUAACCGUCCUGGCUGGGAGACCCUAGAAAAGGAGGGACCUGAGAACAUGGAAAAGACUUUGGACCAGACUUCCCAGUGUCCCUUAGUCUUGGUGAGGGUUCAGGAGAUGGAACAGGAAUUGGAUAUGUGCCGCAGGGCUCAAGAAGAGCUGAACCUACUGCUGGAGGAGAAGCAAGAGGAGUCACUAAGGGCAGAGACCCCUGAGAAUCUUGAGUUCUGUGAGAAUAACAUUGAGAGUUUGAACAUGAAACUCCAGCAACUUAAAGAAAUGACGCUCCUCUCCUCCCAGUCUUUAUCACCGGUGGCCCCUUCUGGGUCUGUGUCCACUGAAAACCCAGAGCAGAGGAUGCUGGAGAAGAGAGCCAAAGUGAUAGAGGAACUUCUUCAGACGGAAAGAGACUACAUUCGGGAUCUGGAAAUGUGUGUUGAGCGGAUCAUGGUACCCCUGCAGCAGGCACAGAUACCAAACAUUGAUAUUGAGGGACUUUUUGGAAAUAUGCAGAUGGUGAUUAAGGUCUCAAAGCAAUUAUUGGUUGAUCUGGAAAUCAGCGAUGCCAUAGGACCUGUGUUUCUUGAUCACCGGGAUGAGCUCGAAGGAACAUAUAAGGUUUACUGCCAGAAUCAUGACGAGGCCAUCUCAUUGCUGGAAAUCUAUGAAAAGGAUGAAAAGAUCCAGAAGCAUCUUCAGGACUCCUUGGCAGAUCUGAAGAGCCUGUACAACGAAUGGGGAUGCACAAAUUAUAUUAACCUGGGCUCCUUCCUCAUCAAACCAGUGCAGAGAGUAAUGCGUUACCCACUGCUGCUGAUGGAGUUGCUGAACUCCACCCCUGAAUCCCACCCAGAUAAAGUGCCUUUAACUAAUGCAGUCCUUGCAGUCAAGGAAAUCAACGUUAACAUUAAUGAAUACAAACGUCGAAAGGACCUGGUCCUCAAGUACCGAAAGGGUGAUGAAGAUAGCCUCAUGGAAAAAAUUUCCAAACUGAACAUCCAUUCCAUCAUCAAGAAAUCCAACCGGGUUAGCAGUCACCUGAAGCACCUCACUGGUUUUGCCCCACAGAUUAAAGAUGAAGUAUUUGAAGAAACAGAGAAGAACUUCCGAAUGCAAGAAAGAUUGAUCAAAUCUUUUAUCCGAGACCUGUCUCUCUACCUCCAGCAUAUUCGGGAAUCAGCAUGUGUGAAGGUGGUGGCUGCUGUGAGCAUGUGGGAUGUGUGCAUGGAGAAGGGACACAGAGACUUGGAACAGUUCGAGAAGGUGCAUCGCUACAUCAGUGACCAGCUCUUCACAAAUUUUAAGGAGAGGACAGAGCGGCUGGUCAUCUCUCCCCUGAAUCAGUUACUGAGCAUGUUCACAGGGCCCCACAAGCUGGUGCAGAAACGCUUCGACAAGCUUCUGGACUUGUAUAACUGUACAGAACGGGCGGAGAAGCUGAAGGACAAGAAGGCCCUGGAGGAGCUACAGUCAGCUCGGAACAACUACGAGGCCCUGAAUGCCCAGCUGCUGGACGAGCUGCCCAAGUUCCAUCAGUAUGCACAGGGCCUCUUCAGCAACUGCGUGCACGGCUACGCUGAGGCCCACUGUGACUUCGUGCGCCAGGCGCUGGAGCAGCUGAAGCCACUGCUCUCGUUACUCAAAGUCACCGGCAGGGAGGGGAACCUGAUUGCCGUCUUCCAUGAGGAGCACAGCAGGGUCCUGCAGCAACUCCAGGUUUUCACCUUCUUCCCAGAGUCUCUUCCCGCCACCAAGAGGUCGUUUGAGAGGAAAACCAUGGAACGCCAGUCCACCCGAAAGCCGCUCCUGGGCCUGGCAAGUUAUAUGCUCCAGUCCGAAGAACUCCGGGCCUCCCUCCUGGCAAGGUAUCCCCCUGAAAAGCUCUUCCAAGCAGAACGGAACUUCAAUGCUGCCCAGGACCUGGAUGUCUCCCUUCUGGAAGGUGACCUGGUGGGUGUGAUCAAGAAAAAGGACCCCAUGGGCAGUCAGAACCGCUGGCUAAUUGACAAUGGAGUCACCAAAGGCUUUGUGUACAGCUCUUUCCUGAAGCCGUACAACGCUCGAUGCAGCCACUCUGAUGCCUCUGUGGGCAGCCACUCCUCCACCGAGUCAGAGCACGGCAGCUCCUCCCCCAGGUUCCCGCGGCGGCAGAACAGCGGUGGCACAUUGACCUUCAACCCCAGCAAUAUGGCUGUGUCCUUUAGCUCAGGGCCUUGCCAGAAACAGCCUCCAGACGCAUCUUCACUGACGGAAUUUGACCAGGGAACUCUCAGUGCAUCCUUAAACUCAGAGAGUAGUCCUUCCAGGUGCCCCUCAGACUCAGAAUCCCCCUCCCAGCCCAGGCCCUGGGAGUUGGUAGAUGCUGCCAGAGACCUUCACCAACCUGCCCCCACCCUGAGGAGCUCCCGAAACCCCAGGCAUCCAGAAAUGGCUGGUUACUCCGUGCCAGGGCGAAACGGGCAAGGUAGAGACCUUGUAAAAGGAUGUGCAAGAACAGCCCUGUCUCUGGAUGACAGAGACAAACAGCCGGAAAGCAGCGAAGCGGAAGGCAACCAGGUCUAUUUUGCUGUCUAUACCUUCAAGGCACGGAACCCAAAUGAGCUGAGUGUGUCAGCAAAUCAGAGACUCAAGAUCUUGGAGUUUAAAGAUGUUACAGGAAAUACAGAAUGGUGGUUAGCCGAAGUUAAUGGGAAGAAGGGCUAUGUCCCAUCCAAUUAUAUCCGCAAAACUGAGUACACCUGAACCUGUUCUGCCUCCCACUCAGCCUUGCUGCCUUCCCUUCCUUCUGCUGAAGGGUUCUGGUGUCCGCUGAAAGGGCGCCUGCUCCUGAGACACUAGCCCUGCCUGCAUUGCUUAACCAUGGCACAGUGUGGCACAAGAUAAGUCUUGUUCUGUUCGAUUGGGUUGUCAACCUUGAUGCUCGUUAGAAUUUCUAGAGUUUGAAAUGGACCCCGGGUCUUGCAAGUGGUUCAGUGACUGUGAGAAAGAGGCAGGUCCUGGGAUUAGCCUCUGGAAGUGAGAAAUUUCCAGUCAGAAGACCAGUGUCCAGCACAUGCUGGAAGCUGUGCUGCAGCGUUAGAAGAAGCUGGCAGUGGCCGUGCCGUACUGAGUCUGGGGCAGCCUCACGCUCUGUGAUCAACUGACCAGAAACCGACUUGGAUGAAAAGAAUGCUCUGCGAACCCUUUCAGGCUGCACGUCUGCAUUUGGCAAGGAGGUGUUGACAUUUUACCAAAUCUGGUGUCUUAAAACCUCAGUGUCUGGCACACAUUCACACACACACACACACACACACACACACACACACACACCCCUUAUUUCUAAAAGUCCAUAAAACACUACUAUUUAUAAUCUUUUCUUAUUUAUUUCACUGCAUUUCCAGAUUGCUUGGGCAAAAUUCAGCUACUUUCUUCUUUUAAAAAAUAUUUAGGGUCUUUUCCUUGAGCCUUCAUCUGAAAGGCUCUCUUCCCGUUGGGUGCUGUCCUCCACACCUUGCUGUCAUCUCUGUUUUUUAUGGUCUGUGCACAAUAAUGUCUCCUGGCCUCUCUCCUGAAGCUCGAUAGCGGAUAGACUUUCCUAGUAGCACAGGAUCAGAGCUCCCACCAUUCCAUUAGGGGGGUUCAUUCUGUGAUGGGCUGAAGCCAGUCCAGCCUGGUGGGAGACUAGAUGCCUCUCUCCUUCAUCCAAGCACACUGCUGUCCACAGAUGCAGAAAACGUAACGUGUGUCUUAUUUGAAUUCGGAUAAGCAGUCCCAGAAGUUGCUUAUCCUAGACUUGGAAAUAAGCAUUUUCUGUUUCAUCAGCCCCCAUGCUUCAGAGACCAUGGUCUAAACCAAACAGAAUCUAAAGUGCCUGAUUGUACCUCUCUCUGCCUCAGGAAGAUAUUUACCAAUCCUAAGAAUCUCCCCCUGAAGUUUCUCUCUGAGCAGGGCUCUGAUUCUUAAAGUCUGCCCCAGAUAGGAAGCCUACCUUGGAACAGGAAACCAUGAAUUUUGUCUUUUAAGAAAGGGAAUUAAGAACAGCCUUACAGCCCUUGCUCCUCUAAAUGCACCUUCGCCUUAAAGUCAUGAUGAAUCGGGAGACACCUGUGAACUCCUCGGCCCCUGAGUCUGCUAGUCGGUCAGAAGGCAGCAAUACAAGUCUCUUGUGAAUAGUGUUUAUAUCUAGAGAUGUUUAUAUUUAAGUAGUUAUUUUAUAAAUAAAAGCAUUUCUAAGGGCCAUGAGUAUAUUUUCUUGAUUUCUCUCCACGUUUAGCCUGAACCUUCUUGCGUUUCUGAGGGUAACUUCUUGACAAUUCAGUGACGCUCAGAUCCCAGGGGAUGGGAGAGGCUAACUGAAGAAAUUCAGGUCAAAAAUUCAUUUUAUCAAAUAUAAUUUCAGCAGAAUCACUCUAUACUCAAAAUAUGUCCAUGCUGUAGGCCUCUUCAUUAAGCUAUUUCCUACGAUAAAAUCCUAACAAAACAGAAAAGCUGAGAUCUCAAGGAGAUAUUUCCCAGCCAUUACAGAUGUGGAAACUGAUGCACUAGUGAUGAACUAACAAAGCCACACAGCCGCUCAAGCCAGAUCAGGGGUGGGAGGGGAAGAAGUAGCAGGAGCACUGGCAGAGGUGGUACUGAGGACAGUGGGUGACAGUGACGCUUCACCUGAUACUGUUAGGGAAUAGAAAACAUGGGUGAAUGGGUAGACUCUGUGGGAAAGAAACAUGUAGGCCAGUGAGGCCAACUUUCAUUUUAUGAAGUAGGAAAAUGGGGUCUGGUGACACUGUGCCUUUGCCCAAGUCUUAGAUCAAGUUUUUGGUGGAUCCUGAAUUUAAACUUGUGCCUCAGGCUAAGCCUUUCCACCUUGUUCUGGAGCCAUGCUGAGUUCAGACACUUAAGAGCUUUGUGACCUCGGCAUCUUACCUAACCCAUGCUUCAGCUUCCUCGUCUAAAGUAGAGAAAAUACUACUGUCUGCCUCACGCGGUUGUGGUAAGAACGGGAUGAGUUUAAUACGUGGAGAGUGGUAGAACAUUGCCUGGCACAUAGCAAACAAUAAACUGGAGAGCCCUGAGGUCCAAGUCAAGGAAUUUAGAUUUGACUUGGACCUUACAAAGCUUAUUACCUAAGCUUUGUAAGUGGAUUCCUUGUUGUAGGAAAGCUAAGUUAUAGCAGGAUGCUUUGCAGGGAGGACCGAUCAAAGGCCAGGAGAAUCUAAUUAAGAAAAAGUUAGAACUGAUUUGGGCUUAAGAUUGCUUGAGAAUGGAAAGAAGCAGCAGCAUCCUAUAAAGAAUAUGAAAUUGAAGAAAUGAUGGAAUCCCUAACAAAGGGGAGAUCAUUGGGAUGGGAGCAAGUUUAUGAAAAGAGUAUUUUUUUAAACACUAGAUGUCAGGUCUUUAUUUUUAUUUUUUUAAUUUUUUUUAUUGUGGUAUAGUUGAUUUACAAUGUCUCAGGUUAUACAGAAAAGUGAUUCAGUUAUAUAUACAUACAUAUAUAUUUUUUUCAGAUUCUUUUCCAUUAUAGUUUAUUACAAGAUACUGACUAUAGUUCCCUGUGCUAUAUACAGUAGGUCCCUUUUGUUUAUUUUAUAUAUAGUAAUGUGUAUCUGUUAAUCCCAAAUUCCCAAUUUAUCCUCCUCCCCCACCCUUUCCUCUUUGGUAUACCAUAAGUUGUUUUCUAUGUCUUUGAGUUUUUCUGUCUUGUAAAUAAGUCCAUUUGUAUCAUUUUUUUAGAUUCCACAUAAAAGUGAUAUGAUAUUUGUCCUUGUCUGACUUCACUUAGUAUGAUAAUCUAGUUGCAUCCGUGUUGCUACAGGCAUUAUUUCAUUUUUUAUGGCUGAGUAAUAUUCCAUUGUAUAUAUGUACCACAUCUUUAUCCAUUCAUCUGUUGAUGGACACUUAGGUUGCUUCCAUGUCUUGGCUAUUGUAAAUAGUGUGGCUAUGAACAUUAGGGUGCAUGUAUCUUUUCUAUUUUUUAAAUUUAUUCAUUUACUUAUUUAUUGGCUGCAUUGGGUCUUCAUUGCUGCACACAGGCUUUCUUUAGUUGCGGCAAGCAGGGGCUACUCUUUGUUGUGGUAUACAGGCUUAUUGUGGUGGCUUCUCUUGUUGGGAGCAUGGGCUCUAGGCACAUGGGCUUCAGUAGUUGUGGCACAUGGGCUCAGUAGUUGUGGCUCGAGGGCUGUAGGGCACAGGCUCAUUAGUUGUGGUGCACGGACUUAGUUGCUCCGAGGCAUGUGGGAUCUUCCCGGAGAAGGGAUCCAACCCUUGUCCCCUGCAUUGGCAGGCAGAUUCUGGGGCACAUUUAUCUUUUCAAAUUAGAGUUUUUGUCUCUUCCAGAUAUAUGCCCAGGAGUGGGACUGCUGGAUCACAUGGUAGCUCUAGUUUUAGUUUUUUUUAAGGAAGCUCCGUACUGUUCUCCAUAGUGAUUGCUAAGUGCUUUUUUAAAAUUAAUUAAUUUAUUUAUUUAUUAUGUGCUGGGUCUGAGUAAUGGCACGUGGGAUCUUUGUUGCAGCAUGUUUAGUUGUGGCAUGCGGGCUCUUAGUUGCGGCCAGUGGACUCCUUAGGUGUGGCAUGCAUGUGGGAUCCAGUUCCCCGACCAGGGAUCGAACCGGGGCUCCCUGCAUUGGGAGCAUGGAGACUUACCCACUGGACCACCAGGGAAGUCCCGAGGUGCUUUUUUAACUAUGGUCUUCAGACCAGCAGCAUCACCAACUGUGUACCCUGGGAGCUCACUGGAAAUGCAGGACCCACCCCAGGCCUGCUGAGUCAAGGUUCCAGGUGAUUUGUGUGCAUGUUAAAUUUGAGAAGCACCUGUGUAGGCAGUUUUUUUUAGUAGAACUUUCUGCUGUUGGAAAAGUAGGAAUUACAAAUAGCAAGGAAGGAAGGGGUGACAGAUGUUUCCGACACAGCAGAAGGAAAUGUUGAAAAUCUCCAAAUCCAGUUUGCCUGCUUACUUCCUGUCAUGAAUUUGCUCCCUUUCCUGCCUGGAAGUAGCUCUUCAGUUAUGCUUUCUUCCAAGUGUCCUCAGGGAACAGGGAUUGGUGGUGGGAAUCUAUCAUCAUCUGAAACGUGUAGAUUUCUGACCUCCUUCUCAAGAUUGUUGUGAGAACAAAUAAGAUGAUUCUGCAAAUUUUUGUGAACUGUGAGCUCUAGAGAUGCAUGGUUUUGAUAAAGAUUGAAUUUUGUGUCACCCUGUUUUAUUUAGUUGUGAAGCUGGAACUGUGUGUGUUUUGUUUCAGGGUCAGGAGUACAAACAGGCUCUAGAGCACCGUUGUGCUCUGAAUUGUGUUUCACUUGCAGAACCUUAGGCCUGAGGACUGAGAAAACUUGAGCAUCCUGUACUUAAUUCUAAAUCCUCUCUGGUCGCCUCACACAACUUACAGGAUUUUAAACUCUCCCAUCUAUUAGUACAUCAUGUUGAUAAAGUUCUUACUGUUUCACCUGGGCUGGGUGUGGCAGACAUUCAGUGCAACGAAGCAGGGAUGAUCAUCUCCAAUCUCCAAUGUGUGCUGCCUCAUUUCAUCCAGCCCACUGUGCUUGUCAGUGAAGAUCAGUAGUAGUGUUUGGUAAGGAUCAGUAAGGGCGUUUUCUACAACAAACUGCAGGCUUUGCAAGCUGCAUAGGAGUAUCACUUAAUACCACUCAGAGGUGACCCUGAAGGAGCAGACAGUGCUUUCCCAGAGGUAAGUUGUGGUGUGGCGGUAGGAGCAAGCAGUGUGUUCAUUCGGGAACAUUUAUUGGUAGCAGGCAGGUGUGUGGGACUCAGCAGCAGACCGUGGGGGUCUGCAGACUCAGCAGGGCCAUGUCACAAGGCACUGCCUGUGCACUGCCUGCCUGGGUGUCCCCUGGGACUCCAAGAGGCGUCAAGCUCUAAUCCUUCCCUGUGGCAGCCCUUCCCCAGGCCCAGGAUCAGGGAAACGGAGAGGGAAAGAUGAUUGAUCUGUCAUGGCCGCCUCCUGUCAUCAGAAUCACGGUGACUCACUUGAAGAAAGGACCUUCCCGCAGCC